UCCCCAGAGGUUGCGCAUGUGGAAGAUUGUGACCAAGCCAGCAUAAUAUGUAUUCAGCUAGCUUCGCAUUCAUUUUGUGGUGAUGUCAGUUCAGUUCAGUGGUGUCAGUCAGGUUGGGCAAGAUGAACUCGAUCCAUUUAUGGCAACUGAGGAAGAAUCUGUGGCCCACGUAAUAGACUUGUCACUGGGGUGAGCCCAGCAGAAGGAGACGAAGCAGUAGGAAAAUGUGCUACAAAUUAGGUCGAGUUAUAGCACUAUUGACCAUACUCACAUUUUUCGUCGUGCUCCUCCAGUACCAGAAGAAGGGUGGGCUUGGCAGGCCACACCCCUUGCUCUUGAGUAGGAGGAGGCCUGUCACCACCAACUACAUCAUCAACAACCUUGUGUGUGAUGUGAGUGUGGGGAAGGAGAGGGUUCGUCUCAUUAGUCUGGUAACAUCCCAUCCGGGAAAUGGCCAGCUUCGAGAUAAGCUCCGAACACUGCUCCCUACGUCAAAACUGAGUAAACUGGGAAUGAGACGACUCUUCCUCCUCGGAACAUUAGACUCGGAAGGGAGGCGAAGAGACGAGUCGCCGAGUAAUAAGAAAUACAACUGGGUCUCAUGGUCAGACAUCGAGCGAGAAGGGAGAGAGCACAGGGACCUCGUCGUGGGCGACUUCCUCGAAAGUUAUCACAACCUGACUCCUAAGCAUAUGAUGGGACUCGAGUGGGUGGACCGCUUUUGUCCACAGGCAACAUUCGUAUUGAAACAAGAUGACGACAUCAUCGUGGACUAUUUCCAGCUGGAUGUCCUAUUGGGUCAGCCCCCCUUCGCGAGCGUGGUAGAAGACAAGGGGCAAAUAUUGGGCAAGGUGCUCCACCACCAGACCGUCAUUCGUGACCCCAGCUCGAAAUGGUUCGUCUCCAAGGACGAGUACCCAUCCGACAUCUUCCCAAGCUUCGUGUCAGGAUGGGCUUACAUCACCACACCCAAGGUGGUCAAGGCCCUUCUCGUUGCGGCGCAAAACUUGGAGUACUUUUGGAUCGAUGAUGUUCAUGUGACGGGAACAUUAAGGGAGGCUGCAGGCAUCUCUCUGCUCGACUUGGCCGACUACUUUACCACAUUCAAAGGGCAGCUGGAGUGUUGUGUGGCCACUCCAGAAAAAAAGUUGUUCGUGGUACAGGAACAUGGUCGUCGUCCGUUCUGGUGUGACUUUGUGAUUGGCCCACCAAACGAUGAUCAGGUCUUGAUGGAACUAUUCCACCGACACGCCACCUUCUGCCACACGACUAAGCUCUGUGGGAGGAGGAGGGGGAGGCAGAGACUGGAACGCAGUUGCGUCAUCACACCGCACAUGAUAGUCAACAGGUUCUUGGGCCACUCGCAGAAUAAUAAUAGUAUUAUUAGAAGCGUGCAAAAGGGGGUCUGGAAACCCCUUGCGCGCAAUUAUGGAUAAGUGGUAUAUCAGUACAACAUACUUUGUGAUAUUAUUUAAGCAUCAUCAUCAGUGUUUCUAUUGUAUUAUUUCACUCAACAGUAAUGUUUGAAUAAUUUGAUUUUCUACACGUAAUAAAUAAUUCUGUGGAUUUUCAUUGAGAA